AUGCCUGUCAUCGAACAAGAACACACUACUAUCGUCUCAACCAAUGGCGCCACCAAGGCUGUCAAGCAAGUCGCCCAGUUUGCAACAUCUCCUUAUUACAACCAAGGAACUGCUCUUCCUGCGGAAGCACGCGCACACCUUGGCCUGCGUGGAUACAGCCCCAUUGCCGUCGAACCUCUUGAUCUGCAGAAACAGCGCGCACUGAAGCAAUUAAGAUCCAAGAGCACCACUUUGGACAAGUACAUUUUCAUGGCACAGCUUCGAAACAGCAACACCAGAUUGUUUUACAAGCUUGUCUGUGACGAGCUAGCAGAAAUCGCCCCGAUUAUUUACACCCCAACCGUCGGUGAAGCCUGUGUGGAGUAUUCCAACAUCUAUCCAUUUUUGGGUCCACCUGGUGCUCCCGAUGGUCUAUAUCUCACAAUCAACGACUUGCCGUAUAUUAAGGAUAUCCUCCGGAAUUAUAGACUGAACGCAGACGGUGCCCCCGAUAUCACUGUGAUUACCGAUGGCUCCAGAAUUCUCGGCCUGGGCGAUCUUGGCAUGAACGGUAUUGGUAUCCCUAUCGGAAAGCUUCAGCUCUACACCGGUGCUGCUGGCAUCGAUCCUCGCAAGACCUUGCCCAUUGUCCUCGACUUUGGCACCAACACUGACCGCUACCUAAACGAUCCAUUGUAUCUUGGCCUGAGACAAAAGCGUCCUGCUGAUCCUGAGUUCUAUGAAGCCAUGGAUCAAGUCAUGCAAGGCCUGUAUGAUGUCUACCCCGAUAUUCUUGUUCAAUUUGAAGAUUUCUCCUCUGAGCACGCCUUUGGAUUGCUUGAAAAGUACCAGCACAAGACCUUUUGCUUCAACGAUGACAUUCAAGGCACCGGCUCUGUCAUCUUGGCAGGCUUCAUGAAUGCGGUCAAGGUGGCCGAAGAAAAAGUCGGCACCAACCCCAAGGAUCACCGCAUUGUUUUCUUUGGUGCAGGAUCGUCGGCCAUUGGUGUUGCCAAGAACAUUCUUACAUACUUUAUGCGCGAGCACGGUCUUAGCGAGGAGGAAGCCAAGCGUGUCUUCUAUCUUGUAGACAGCAAAGGUUUGGUAACACUGGAUCGUGGUGACAAGCUUGCACAGCACAAGGUGUAUUUCGCUCGUUCGGACAACCAAGAAGCACAAUUCAAAACCUUGUGCGACGUGAUCGACUAUGUCAAGCCUACUGCCCUGAUUGGUCUUUCGGCCCAACACCAAGCAUUCACCAGGGAGGCUGUUGAAAAGAUGGCCACAAACAACAAACUGCCCAUCGUCUUCCCUCUGUCGAACCCCAUGACCAAUGCUGAAUGCACUUUCGAGCAGGCUAUGCAGUACACUGGCGAGAAUGUACUGUUCGCCUCCGGUACUGCUUUCCCUCCUUACAAGUUGGCAUCUGGCGAGCUCAAGCAUGCCGGACAAGGCAACAACAUGUACAUUUUCCCUGGUCUCGGCUUGGGUGCCAUCAUCGCAAAGGCCCGACAUGUCUCGGAUAGCAUGGUGUACGAAGCCGCAAAGGGCCUUUCCAUCUCCCUUCUUCCUGAGGAAACCCAAAAUGGAGAUCUGUAUCCAGCCUUGAACCGCAUCCGAACAGUCUCUGCUCAAGUUGCCGCUGCUGUCUGCAAACAGGCUCUUCUCGAGAACCUCGCACAAGAUCCUGUGUUAAUCAGCCUCGCCAACUCGAGUGCCAACUUUGAUCAAGCGCUGAUGGACUACGUCACUGCUCGUAUGUGGGAUCCCAACCAGCAGGAUCACUUUAGCCUGCCCGUCGCCAAAAACAAGCAAUCCCACAUCUAA